UUUAAUAUCGCAGCUGUGGCGUGUUAGCGUGUAGUUGUUUUUUCCACCAACACCUGACAGACAUAGACGAGCAGAUAAAAUGAAAGUAUCGCGUCUGUUGCUUCAGCUGAGUUCACGGAUCAUCUACAGACAUGCACACAACCCGACGACACGGAAGUUUUCCUGCAGUGCCGGAGUUGACCGGAAGUUCAACUCGCCACUUGGAGGAAAUGUGAUGCCCAGGUGUGGGGGUAUCGCCUCCAUGAUGAGGCUGCCGGUACAGGAGACGACAGAAGGCCUAGACGUCUGCUUUGUUGGAGUUCCGCUGGACGCCGGAACCUCUUUUAGAACAGGAACCAGGAUGGGACCGCGGCAGAUACGGACAGAAUCUGUUUUUCUCAGACCCUUCAACCCCACUACAGGAGCCGCCCCCUUCGAGUCCCUACAAGUGGCAGAUAUUGGUGACAUUGCCUUCAACAUUUACUCUCUACCCGAGGCCGUCAAAGAAAUAAGGCAGGCAUACACCAAGAUAAUCAAAGACGGUUGCGUCCCAUUAACGUUAGGCGGAGACCACACCCUGUCAUACCCCAUCCUACAGGCAAUGAAAGACAAGUACGGACCCGUGUGUCUGGUGCAUGUAGAUGCUCACUCCGACACCAGCGACACGAUGUUUGGGGCAAAGAUUGCUCACGGCACCCCAUUCAGACGAGCUAUAGAGGAGGGCUGUAUUGACUGUAAGAGUUCCAUACAGAUCGGCCUGAGGGGGACGGGCUACUCUGUGGAUGACUACAAGUGGGUGGCUGACCAGGGUGUACGUGUGGUGCCGGCGUGUGAGUGCUGGAACAAAUCCCUGGUGCCGCUGAUGGAGGAAGUCAGGAAAAACGCGGGAAACAAACCUGUUUAUAUAACGUUUGACAUCGACGGCCUUGACCCAUCUUUUGCACCUGGCACAGGCACACCGGAAAUUGCCGGUUUAACCGUCAUCCAGGGACUGGAGGUCAUCCAGGGCUGUAGAGGUCUGAAUGUCAAGGGCGCUGAUCUGGUAGAGGUGUCGCCACCCUACGACCCGUCAGGUAACACAGCUUUACUGGCGGCAAACUUGUUGUUUGAACUGUUGUGUGUCGUACCUGGUGUCAAGUUUUAUCGACAGUAACACGCGUCAGCUAUCAACAUUAGCGAGUGGCAGUUAUCAACAUUAGCGAGUGGCAGUAAUCAACAUUAGCGAGUGUCAGCUAUCAACAUUAGCGAGUGGCAGUUAUCAACUUAAAAAUAUGAACGUGUCUGCUUUCAAGAUUAAAAUGUGUCAGUUAUGAACAUUAAAACAUGUCAGUAAUCAUCAUUAAAACCUGCAAGUUAUCAAGAUUUAA